CUUUUCGGCUCUAACCCUCUCCUCGCUCUCGCUCUCUCUCUCUCUCUGAUAUCUUAUUCCUCUCUCUAAGGUGCGAUGGCGUCUCCGAUGUUGGAGGACAGUAGCUUCGAAGAAGACCAGCUGGCUUCGAUGUCGACCGAGGACAUCGUUAGGGCUUCCAGGCUCCUCGACAACGAGAUUCGAAUUCUCAAGGAAGAGCUGCAGAGAACGAAUCUUGAACUGGACUCGUUCAAGGAAAAGAUAAAGGAGAACCAAGAGAAGAUCAAACUCAACAAGCAGCUUCCCUAUUUGGUUGGUAACAUCGUUGAGAUUUUGGAAAUGAACCCAGAAGAUGAGGCUGAGGAAGAUGGUGCAAAUAUUGAUCUCGACUCUCAAAGGAAGGGUAAAUGUGUUGUAUUGAAGACAUCAACACGCCAGACUAUCUUCCUGCCUGUGGUUGGUCUUGUUGAUCCUGAUAAGCUAAAGCCUGGGGAUUUGGUUGGGGUGAACAAAGACAGUUACUUGAUCUUGGAUACCUUGCCAUCUGAAUAUGAUUCUCGAGUUAAGGCUAUGGAGGUUGAUGAAAAGCCAACUGAAGACUACAAUGAUAUUGGAGGGCUUGAGAAACAAAUCCAAGAACUUGUUGAAGCUAUUGUUUUGCCUAUGACACACAAAGAGCGGUUUCAGAGGUUAGGGAUUCGCCCACCCAAAGGAGUGCUUUUAUAUGGACCUCCUGGCACUGGGAAAACUCUAAUGGCUCGUGCCUGUGCAGCCCAAACUAAUGCUACUUUCUUGAAGUUGGCAGGCCCCCAACUUGUCCAGAUGUUCAUUGGGGAUGGAGCAAAACUUGUCCGUGAUGCUUUUCAACUUGCAAAGGAGAAAUCUCCUUGCAUCAUCUUCAUAGAUGAAAUUGAUGCUAUUGGCACAAAGCGGUUUGACAGUGAAGUUAGCGGGGAUAGGGAAGUUCAACGUACAAUGUUAGAAUUGCUUAAUCAGCUUGAUGGCUUUAGUAGUGAUGAGCGGAUAAAGGUGAUAGCAGCAACUAAUAGAGCUGAUAUUUUAGAUCCUGCACUCAUGCGUUCUGGUCGAUUAGAUCGUAAAAUUGAGUUUCCACAUCCCACUGAAGAAGCGAGAGCUAGAAUCUUGCAGAUCCACUCUAGAAAGAUGAAUGUUCACCCGGAUGUCAACUUUGAAGAGUUGGCUCGAUCUACUGAUGAUUUCAAUGGGGCACAACUGAAAGCUGUAUGUGUGGAGGCAGGCAUGCUUGCUUUGCGACGUGAUGCUACUGAGGUGAACCAUGAGGACUUCAAUGAAGGCAUCAUCCAAGUUCAAGCCAAAAAGAAAUCAAGCCUGAAUUACUACGCUUAGAUUUAGAUUGUGGCUGAAGGGGUGUUGAAGAGGAAAGCAUGUUUCAGGGUUUAAAUUGCUUCAGAUAACUCCAAAGCAAGAAGUGGCCGUGCAAAAUCUCUGGAUUCCAGGAAGUAGUGUCUUCUUAGAAGCCUAAAUUAUUAGAACCUGGUGCAUAACGAGUUAUUGUGAGUUUAACAUGAUAUUCAUGUUCCUUAUGGAACUGGUGCCAGAUGGCUGGCCGGCCCGGCUGUUAUGUGCAGUCCGAAAUACUAGAUGGUAAUUUGGGGUGUACUAAUGUUGGCUUUACCUAAUUAGUAUUUGAUGUCA